AUGGCCGAUGCAAACAUAAGCGACGUGAAGAUGGGCCAUGCGAAGAUGGGCACACACGUGGCUCGCUGGAGGGACUAUACUAUCAUGGACGCUGUCACUCCGGAUAGGAGCAACGGAAGCAGCGGUAGUAACGAAAGUAGCGGCAGUAACGAAAGCAGCGGCAGUAACGGCCGCAGUAGCAGCAAUGGCAACAGUGGCAGCCGCGCAGGCGAGUCGGGCGCCACGACUGAAGCGCUCUCUCUGUGUGAAGUACGUAACGUUUUUAAGUUACGCAAAAAAAAUUCGUCUGAAGGGACCCUGGGACAGGUACUACGGCUGUCUGUUUCGGACAACAGGACCAGCCGUGACGUCCAUGAGGGGGCUGAUGGGAACGGUUGUUAA